CCGCCGCUGCCGCCGGCGCCACCGCCCACUCCGGGCUGGCUCGCGGCGGUCGUCCGGGGCGCAGACUACGGCCGGGGUGGGCGAGCGCACGGCCAUGGCCCCGUGGCUGCAGCUCUGCUCUGUCUUCUUCACUGUCAACGCCUGUCUCAACGGCUCGCAGCUGGCCGUGGCCGCGGGGGGCUCCGGCAGAGCGCGGGGCGCCGACACCUGUGGCUGGAGGGGAGUGGGGCCGGCCAGCAGAAACAGUGGGCUGCACAACAUCACCUUCAGAUAUGACAACUGUACCACAUACUUGAAUCCAGUGGGGAAGCACGUGAUUGCCGAUGCCCAGAACAUCACCAUCAGCCAGUACGCCUGCCACGACCAGGUGGCCGUCACCAUUCUUUGGUCCCCAGGGGCCCUUGGCAUCGAAUUCCUGAAAGGAUUUCGGGUAAUCCUGGAGGAGCUGAAGUCGGAGGGCAGACAGUGCCAGCAACUGAUUCUCAAGGACCCGAAGCAGCUCAACAGUAGCUUCAAAAGAACUGGAAUGGAAUCUCAACCUUUCCUGAAUAUGAAGUUUGAGACGGAUUACUUUGUAAAGAUUGUCCCUUUUCCUUCCAUAAAAAAUGAAAGCAAUUAUCACCCUUUCUUUUUCAGAACCCGAGCCUGUGACCUGUUGUUACAGCCGGACAACCUGGCCUGCAAACCCUUCUGGAAGCCUCGGAACCUGAAUAUCACCCAGCACGGUUCGGAUAUGCAGGUGACCUUCCACCACGCUCCACACACCUUUGGCUUCCGUUUCUUCUCUCUUCAUUACAAACUCAAGCACGAGGGACCCUUCAAGCGAAAGACCUGUAAACAGGAGCAAAACACAGAGACAACCAGCUGCCUCCUCCAAAAUGUAUCUCCGGGCGAUUAUAUAAUUGAGCUGGUGGAUGACACUAAUACAACAAGGAAAGUGGUCCAUUAUGCUUUAAAGCCAGUGCAUUCCCCGUGGGCUGGGCCCAUCAGGGCUGUUGCCAUUACGGUGCCGCUGGUCGUCAUAUCGGCAUUCGCCACGCUCUUCACCGUGAUGUGCCGCAAGAAGCAACAAGAAAAUAUAUAUUCACAUUUAGAUGAAGAGAGUUCUGAGUCCUCCACCUACACCACAGCACUCCCGAGAGAGAGGCUGCGGCCGCGGCCGAAGGUCUUCCUCUGCUAUUCUAGUAAAGAUGGCCAGAAUCACAUGAACGUUGUCCAGUGUUUCGCCUACUUCCUCCAGGACUUCUGUGGCUGCGAGGUGGCUCUGGACCUGUGGGAAGACUUCAGCCUCUGCCGAGAAGGGCAGAGAGAAUGGGUCAUCCAGAAGAUCCACGAGUCCCAGUUCAUCAUUGUGGUCUGUUCCAAAGGCAUGAAGUACUUCGUGGACAAGAAGAACUACAAGCACAGGGGCGGCGGCCGCGGCUCGGGGAAAGGGGAGCUCUUCCUGGUGGCCGUGGCCGCCAUCGCCGAAAAGCUCCGCCAGGCCAAGCAGAGCUCCUCGGCGGCGCUCAGCAAGUUCAUCGCCGUCUACUUCGACUAUUCCUGCGAGGGAGACGUGCCCGGCGUCCUGGACCUGAGCACCAAGUACAAGCUCAUGGACCACCUGCCCCAGCUCUGCUCCCACCUGCACUCGCGAGACCACGGCCUCCCGCGAGCUCAUAACCUCCCGCGAGACCACGGCCUCCCGGAGCUCGGACACGUCAGCAGGAGGAACUACUUCCGGAGCAAGGCGGGCCGGUCCCUGUACGUGGCCAUCUGCAACAUGCACCAGUUCAUCGACGAGGAGCCCGACUGGUUUGAGAAGCAGUUGGUGCCCUCGCAGCCUCCCCCGCUCCGCUGCCAGGAGCCGGUCCUGGAGAAGUUCGACUCGGGCCUGGUGCUGAAUGACGUCAUGUGCAAACUGGGGCCCGAAAGUGACCUCAAGGCUGAGGUACCGGCCCCCGGGUCACCAGAGGGGCAGCAGCUGGGCCCCGACGAGGCCGCGGAGGCCGUGGGCGCCCCGGUCCUGCAGCCCCUGCUGCGCGCCGGGAAGGCCGUGGGCGCCUCGGGCAUGCCGCGGGACUCGGGCAUCUACGACUCCUCCGUGCCCUCCUCCGAGCUGUCUCUGCCCCUCAUGGAAGGGCUCUCGGCGGACCAAACGGAAACGUCCUCGCUGACCGAGAGCGUGUCGUCCUCCUCGGGCCUGGGUGAGGAGGACCCUCCUGCCCUUCCGUCCAAGCUCCUCGCCUCCGGGGUGUAUAAAGCAGAACCCGGUUGCUGCAGCUACACUGGUGAACUCCACGCAGUCGCCCCUUUGUAACAAAGCAGAGGAGUCGAAGCAUUGCCACUUUAGCUGCCGCCGCUCUCUGGUUCCCCAGCUCAUCUCUCUGGUUGUGUAGCCCACUUGGAGCUGAGGAUGGUUGGAGUGGAAUUCGCGCUAGUACUUGUUCUCCUUGCCCUUCUCCUCUAACAGAUACGUUGGCAAAGUCUCCAAUUUUCUAAAACCACAUGGAGCUCGGAAAGGCAUGUCCAUAAGAUUUGACAAUAGCUGGCCAUGGUAGGACAGACCUUGGGUUAGAGCCAGUCCUGGGAGGUAGAGAGGAAACAUAUAAAAAGAAACAGGAAAAUACCUGCACUGAUCGUUCAGACUUAAUUUAUCUCUGCAGACUUUGCCUAUUCAUUGUUGGCUACUUUGAUUUGAAAUGCUUUGUAGAAAAAGCACUUUUAAUACCUUCACAAACACAGAAAUCAAGUGUCAGUCUCUCUGGAACCCAUGUCAUUAGAGAUGAUACUCCUGUCCACUUUAGGUGUGGAACUUAUGAUGCCAUGGUUGUUUAAAAGGUCAAGAAGGUGACUGAAUAUAUAAUCACCUUUUAUAAAAUGAGUCUUCAUGUAUUUGUGGGUGGCAUGGCCGGCUGAGGUGGGGUUGCAGGGCCAGGAUGACUGUCUUUUGUCUGAGAUGGGCUGGUCAACAUGCAAAGGCACCAGAGCUCAGCUCCCAGGACCACCUCUGGGUCCGAGUAGCAUGCGAGGGCCGACCUGCCUGCCGAGCUCUCCUGGGCUGCAUGUGCUGCGCUGUAUCUCAGAUGGUGGUGCCUGGAAUUUUGUGUUUGAGAGACGGAUGCACAGCUGGACUCUAGUACUGGAAGUUGAGGUUCAUGUGUCACUUGGCUUCUGGUCUAAAAAACUGUCCAGAAUAUUUGGGGUCCGAAUCCACUGAAGUACAGCAGUGUGUGGAAGCGGUGGCCAGUUAAUCUGCUGAACUGGUUCUGACUAAUGACAAACCUCUUUUUAAGAAGGUGAAAAGGAGGGGACUGUUCCAAAGAUGAAUGUGCUCUUCAGAUACUGUCUAAAGAAGACAUGGGACCUGAAAUCAUGAAGUUCUUGAAUCUGAAAGUAUUCUCCCCACAACCCAGCCUGUGACUCAUGUUUCAUUUUGUGUUUCUUUUGUACUCACCCAAUGAAAGAUUUAUCUCUCGUGCUCCUUCCUACCGAAAACAGCUAUUUGGAGCUUAGAAGGAAAUAAUUUUCUAUAAAAAGAAAAAGAAAAUGUUCUGUUUUUAUGAAUGACUUCCCUAUAGAAUUUCUGUUUCCAAAGGGAAAAUAGUUCCCUUCUGCUCCCUGUGCCCUCUGGGAGUGUGAGCGUCCUUUGCCACCCUUUUCAUAGAUGCUGUUGGAUUUGGAACCCUGUUUUCUUAGCAUUUACACCAGGGACCAUGUUUUUGACUCCAGCAAAAAAGGACUGAUAUUAAAGGGGACGCUGAGAAACAUCCCAAGGAGGGGUGGGAGGUGGGAUGGGGCAGGACUUCUCUUUCCAAGCACAUGCUUGGCAGGUGGGGAAGGGAAGAUGACAUGCUCCUGGAAAGAAGAGGUUUGUGUAUAUUUUUGACGCAAAUGUCACACUUCCUGCUCUGUAAAGGCAGCUGGCAGCUUCUUGGGAGAAGAACGUGAUUGUCUGUUCUCUGGCAUCGAGUUUCCUGCAGCUGCUCUGAGGGAGAGACAAGUGAGCAGUAGAACUGCCUCCCCCAUAAAACCAGGCUUGUUGGAGAAGAGACGUUCCAUGCUUGUCACCGUGAAAUAGAGGACGAGCACAGAGCUCCUGCCCACAGGUGACCGUCCUGCCAUCCCAUCCUCGGCAUGCCUGUGAAGGAGCUUGGGCAGUUCAAACUUGCCAGCAUAAGAAAAUUCACUUUGGAACAUUAUGGGAGAGCUUUCUAUUGAGACCAAAUGGUGUAUGCUCCAAAGGAACUAUUAAGGGUCACUUUUAGGAUAGACAUUCAGCUUGGCUUGUGAAAUGAGGCAUCUGUGAGAAAGUGGCCCCAGUGGCAGCAUGGAGGAUGGGGUCAGGGGAGCAUCCCAAAUGUGGGCAGAGAGCUUGCUAAGUGAACUCACUUAUGAAAAUGGAAGGGAAAAAGGUGCUAGUCCAAAUAUCAGGUAAUGUUUUAGUUUGGAUUUAAGGUUUGGGCACUUAUUGUGAAACACUAAUAUUUGUGAUCAACAAAAUCAAACUGUUGUACACUGGGAAUGUCCAACUCAGAAAAAGUUGAGAAGUCCAACUUCCUUGUUUUGCCUUACUAGUUUCACUAUCUCCCCCGCAUCUCAUCCUGGGAAUGGGAAUAAUUGCCUUGUAGAUUAAGGCAAAACAUCUAUUUUAAGCAGAGCUCUUUUUUUUUUUUUUUUUUUUUGACUCACAUUGUUCUGGACAGUGGAAAUGAUAAGCCAGACUUCAGAUAAAGGUUCUGUAAGUCACAGGCUUUUAGACAUUGAGGAAACAAGUGGAACACAGGGAUGAUCUCGAGUCCUUGAUCCCAAGAGUCAAUGGCCUGUGGAGCUAAUUUAGAUGGUGUCCUCUGGACAGGAAGACAGUGUAAGUCCAAGGUUCCAGGUAACCAAGAAGCCUGCAGGUAGUUGAAGGUGGGUUGUUUAUCUUAACUCACAAUACCCUACAGAAAGGACUUAGCACCCGACACGGUCAUCUUUGCCAAGAGAGUCAGUGAUCAGAGAAGUGAAAGAAAGCCCAAGUCAAGGUGUGCUCUUCUCUCAGUUCAACUACAAGGGACCACCGAGGAGAGACCAGCCCACCCACACUGUUGGCAGAAGGUACUCCAGAGGGCCCAGUGCUGGGCCUUUGAACCACACUGCUCUCUAGAAGUCAUUCAGAUCCAGGCCCAGCUCAGUGACUCAGCCAGGUAAUAAUAUUUUGAGACACACAGGAGAUGGGCAGCCUGUAAAGUCAUGAGACAGAGUUUUUGAUUGACACAUGAACAGUAACUGAAGAUAGUGCCAGAUCAGAAGUUCAAAAUUAUGUCUUUAGCAACACUGACAUCUUUGGAAUCCAAUGUAUAGUAAUUUAAGUCCAGGUAUGUUUGUCAAAGUUUAGUCUUACUACUUCAUAGCCACAUGUGUGUGUGUUUGUUUUUUUAACCAUUCUGUAGUCUCAGGUUUGCUGACUUAAGUGUAAACAAACAGGAAAACCAUCUCUAAAAAUGUGGGUUUAUGUGAUUUUUUUCCAGAGUCCACCCCCCACAAAGGGUUGAGCAUCUUUUCUUAAAAAAACAAACCAAAACAAGGAAGAAAAAACGGCUAUUUUCCUGGAGAAUAACACAUCCUCCUCCCCAAAGAGAGAAAACCCUGCAGCAGUCUGCAACCGCCUGAACACUAAUUCAGCUCUCUUAGAGAUAGGAAUUACUCUUCAUGUCUUUAUUGGAGAGAAGUGGACAAGCCGAGGUGAAGGUCAUUAGACUUCUAUUUUGUUGGUGAAAACCGCUACUCUUAUUUAAUAGAUGGUAUGUCUUUAGGGGGCACCAGUGUAGCAGGCCAGGUGUAAUGAUAAAUAAGGUGUGAUUAUAAAUGGCAGUGACGUGUCCUCUCAGUGUUGGGGAGACGGCAUGGUGGGGACCAUGGUAAACUGAAGUGCUCCUCUCCUACCUACAGGCCGCAGGUACUCCAGCCAGUUGGGCACACAAUGUUUCCUGAUCUUCCCAUCUUUCAGGAGAAGCUGAGCAUUUGGGUUUUUAUAUGAAAAAUUCUGAUUUGUUUAGAAUUGACAACUAAAUUAUAAAACAUUUUAAAAUGCAUUCAGACCCAACAGAACACAUGGGUGGACCUGAUUUGGCCCACUAGCUGCCAGUUUGUCACCAAUCUCUGCUCAUAAGAUUUGAAAUGAAAGGCAUGCAUGGUAAUUAUAGAUUUCUGGUACCACCAGAAAAUGCUCUUGCUAAAUGCAGUCAGUAGCUAGAGUGCUGCUUUCCCUCAUUGCUCCCCCAAAGAAAUGUGAUAUGAUUGUGAAUGUAUUUGAAAUGUUUUGAUUGCUUUCUUUACAUUUUGUGGUGUUUUCAGAGAAAGGCAAGCCAGCUGUUAAUUUUAAAAUCAGAUUUCUCUCAAUUUAAAAAUAUGACAUUUGAAACAAUUUCAUUUAAGCUGUACAACCUUGAAGGACCUUAUUUGUAAUUAUAGCUCUUGGUUUAAAAAGUGUUUUAGAUGAUGUGCAAUUCUGAGCUUAGGCCAAGACUGAAUAAGGAAAAGCACGCAUUGUGGGGAACAGGGCAAGGAACUGAGUGUGUACUAGAGCCAGGGAUUUGCAUUGUCUUCGGCUUUAAAUGACCCGUGAAUUGAUUCUGGUUCAGAGGUGUGAAAUUAUAUACCAAGAAAAGCUAUUUUUUUGGUAUUGAGAUAGUAGUUAGGAGUCCUCAUGGGGUAUUGGGUCAUCCUUGCUAUAUCUCCUCCUCUCCAGGCUCAGGGUGAAAAUAAACAAAAGGAAGUCUAACUGUAAGCCAAUAGCUCUGAUUCCGAUUUCAGAGUUUUGGGGGUGGGUGAAAGUUUGGGUUAUCUAGCAUGCUCCCCGAUGACAGACAAGGCUGUGCCUGAAUUAUUUCAGACAUAUGGCUGUGGAUGGGAUCCUGGAUUUUCAGCAAAGGAGAUUCUGUAACCUAUCCUGCUGAUCAGAUAGUUCUUUGUACGUCUUCCCUAUAGAAAUUCAAACCAGCUUCUUUUGUUCAGUGUGCAGUGGAAAAAGAACAGCUGGUCACCUUCCCUAUGUUUGAAAACCAUAGUGAAGUCAUUCCCCUGGUGCUUUUAUUUCAACGAUAAAUAAUCCCACCUACUUAAGCCAUUUUUCAUAGCUCUUAUUUUCCAAGGACUUGGUAAUUUUCCCUGCUAUUCUGUUUCUCAGCUUCACACUCAGUUUAACUGCCCAAAUAGAAUGAGGUGCCUUAUUCACAUUGGUGCUUUGUGAAGACCAAGCUCAGGAUGGGGAUUACAAGGAAAUUCUUUUGUGCCCAGCUUCUCUUACUACUUAAACAUUUAAUGGCACUUUAUAAAAUGAUAUAUCACCUAUAUUCAAUUGGGGAUUGUUUGCCAUUUUUUUGGUUAUUGUUUUUUUCUUGGUGACAGUACUCUUAUCAUAUGUGCCCCCCCCCCCCCCCCCGCUUAAACAUUUGGUGCACAUUCUUAAUGUGUUUAAUGUAAUUCCUGAACUUCUUCAAGAUACUCUUUAAAGACCAGCUCUUACCUUCUGAGUGGCAGCUACUCCUCCCUCUCAAUUUUGGGUUUUAUUUUUUUUAUCUCUAGACAUACCUUUAUUACUCACAAUAUUAUUAAAUGGUUCAGACUUCAGUUUGACCACUGGUGAGACAGACCGUAGUUGCUAAGGGCUAGAUUGCAGAGAGGUCGAAUGAAGACUCUUGGGAAUUUUUGUUAGUUGUCUUCUCUCCUGCUCUUUGGUUCCUUUCCAAAAUUCAGCUGGGACCAGACUCCCCACGGGGCCUUUUUACGUUCUAAAAGGUUGCAGCCAUGGCUCUGAAUUGACCAAGCACUGUGUUUUCAUAUCCAGAAAACUUAGCAAAAGCAAACCAUUAUGACUGGUUUAUGCCAUAUAAGACUCAGAUGCAAAGAAGCAAUCUUUUGUUCAUAAGUGAUGUAGACAAAGCUGACUGCUCUAUUCAUUCGACAAAAAAAUUACCAUUGGAUUAUACUAAUGUGUAGUCAUCGGUUAUUUUUUUAAAAGGGUGUUUUGUUUUGUUUUUGUCUUGAGAAAAACCGUGAGUGUGAACAAAGAAAAAAUUUGUAAAAAUCAAAUGUGUUCACUUAGAGAGUAAGUAACUUCUGUUUUCAGGGUUAGUUUUUUCCUUUCCUACUACAGAAGCUCCCUGUUAGCACAUUCUUGGGGAAAGCCUGUGGAACACGGUGGUUAUUGCCAUUGUCUUUGUUUCAUCUUUAAGUUUGUCCCUUGUGGCGUCUGGUGGAAUAGUGAGCACUGACAGAAUAUAGCAUUAUUUUACAUGGAAAACAAUGUCUUUUUCAAUUUGUACAUAACUGAAUAGGUGACAGUAGAUCACAGCUGACAUUUGCAAAAUGUUGUUUUUGUACUUCUAGAAUUUCUGCAUCAAAUAAAGUGUUUUGUUUUAA